UCGCACCGUCUCCUAGGUGCACAUUGUAAACAAUUGAGACUAAAACAAUGGGGCCGAAAUCGUUAGUAUGCUGAGCCCAUUUUUUUAAGCACACAAGUGCAUAGACAUUAGCAACCUUGUCAUUUAUCCAAAAUGGGUGACAGAAGACGCCCCAGGCGUAUUUUCGUGAACGAUGUCGACAAAUAUUCCUCCAAACACAUCGCCGAGUAUUUAUCGACUUGCGGUGAGAGGGUUGAAGAAGAGGAUGACGGCGAGCCUCAGUCUCCUGAACCUGCCUUCCAAGUGGUCGGCACCGUGUCCUCUUCGUCCACCUGUGAGAAAGCGAACUUUUUGCUUGAGCAGUAUUCGUUGCUAAGCAGAGAGGAGCUCCUCCCCCGCCUGCUGGACUGCGACGUGGUGGUGUACAACAUCUCGGAAAAUGCGACGCAAGAUGACAUUGAGGAGGCAACUUGGGCAAUCACAGCCCUUCACGGUGAAAUGGAAAACUUCAAGUCAAAGAAAACGUUCAUUUUGGUGUCGACGGUGAUGACGUGGGCAAUGACCAAACCUCAGGAAACGGAGGAAGUAGAAACGUUUGUAACCGAGGAGGAGUUCAGAAAAAGACGCCCUCAUCCCAGCUUUAAACACCACAACAACAUGGAAAAACAAGUCCUUAAACUGGGAACAGGGAAAAAAAAUAAACUGAAAGGUUAUGUUUUGGCUGCGGGCAUCCAGUAUGGAAGGGGAGAGAACCUUUUCCACUACUUUUUCAAGGUGUCUUGGCUGUCCGAGUGUUCAAAAGUUCCCAUAUUUGGAGAGGGCACAAAUUACAUCCCCACCAUCCACGUGCUUGACCUUGCUCAAAUCAUUCAGAAUUUGAUUGAUGUUAAACCCAAGUCGAAAUACAUUCUUGCCAUUGAUGACUCCAAGAACAAACUGAUGGAUAUAGUAAAGGUCAUAAGUCAUGUGCUUGGGCCAGGAAGAAUAUGCCAAGUACCAGAGAAGGAAGCCAUCGCUAUGAAGGCCUAUAAGCAAGAGGAGUUGGAGUAUCUCAGCAUUGACCUUCGCCUGGAUGCUUUUAUUGUGAAAGACUCCUUUAGCUUCACCUGGUUAGCAGAAGGUGGCAUGAUUGACAAUAUCGAGGGCCUUGUGGAAGAAUACAGACACACGAGAAAAUUACUGCCGAUCAGAAUCUGCCUGACUGGACCGCCGGCUGUGGGCAAAAGCAAAGUGGCAGAGAAGCUAUGCGAGCAUUACCGGAUACAUCACAUCAACAUCCGAGAGGUCAUCGACGAAAAGAUGGCUCAUCUGAAAGAUACCGUGACCAGAAGUGACGCUGAGGUGAGUGAACAGGAAGCAGCGCAGGAUCAACUGGAAACCAUAAAAGCAAGCAUGGAAAAUAAUGCAGGUCGACUGGAGGACGAUCUUCUUUUAGAAAUUUUGACAGAAAAGCUCAAUUCGAAGCCUUGUCGAAACCAAGGUUUUGUUUUCUAUGGGUUCCCAAGGACUUUUGAGCAAGCAAGUCAGAUGUUCAGUGCUGAAGAUGGAGACAACCAAGACUCACCCAACGGGACACCCUCGUACAACAAGAUCACUCCAGAAUAUGUGUUUGCCCUGGAUGCAUCCGAUGAGUUUCUGACAAAGAAAGUACAAGAUCUUCCUCAGAGUGAAGCCCAGAAAAGAGGCUUAACCCAGGAUGAGUUUGUUCCUCGACUGGCCAGAUUCCGACAACUCAGCAGGGCCGGGGAAACUGCCCUGGACUACUUUGAUGAACUGGAAAUAUAUCCAGCAUAUCUUGAGGUGAAAGCCGACGACCCCGAGUUCACACAGAUCGUGAGCAACAUUAUCGAGGUGGUGGGCGCUCCCAAAAACUACGGCCUUAGUCCUGAGGAGCAGGAGGAGGAGGACCGCAGGCGAGAAAUCGAGAGGAAGCAGAAACUGGCGGAAGAAGCGGCCGAGAGGAAACGCAGGAAAGAAGCCUCGCUGGCUGAGAUGGCAGCGCAGUACGAAGCAUGGCAAAAUAAUUUGGCCGAGGUGAAGAGGCAGGAGCACGAGCUUCUGGAAGCUAAAGCUCUCCCGCUGAGGAACUACUUGAUGAAGUACGUGAUGCCGGCACUCACUGAAGCCUUGCAAGAAUGCUCCAAGAUCAAACCUAACGAUCCAGUUAGCUUUUUGGCAGAGUAUCUUCUUCGGAUGGACAAAGAUUGAUUCAUCAUUCAUUGAUUUUAAAAAAAAUAUAUAUAUUUUAUUUUUUUGCAGUGCACUGAUCAAAGAUAAGGUGGUAAGGUGAUGAUGGCACAGGUGAAAAUUAUUUGGAAUAAAUAUUGAAAUAA